AUGAAGAUACAGGUGAAACAAGCUAAGAUCGUGAAGCCAGCUGAGGAAACACCUAUACACAGUCUAUGGCUUUCUAACUUGGACCUGAUACAAGUGAGGUUCCACAUGGGCAUCCUUUACUUUUACAACCCUUGUUCCUCCUACAAUCUUCCCAACACUCGUUCACUCAUCGAUGCUCUGAGCAAGGUGCUUGUCCUCUUCUACCCUGCCGCUGGGAGGCUACAAAAGGAUAAGAAUGGGAGGUUGGAGAUUCGAUGCAAUGGAGAAAAAGUGCUGCUUGUAGAGGCUGAGACUGAUUCUACUAUUCAAGAUAUUGGCUUGCUCACUCAAGGUUUGGAUCUCUCUCAACUUGUACCUGCUCUUACCUACUCAGGCGACAUCUCCUCUCUACCACUUCUUCUCUUUCAAGUUACAUAUUUCAAAUGUGGAGCCAUCUGUAUUGGAACCUCGAUACACCAUACAUUCGGAGACUGUAGUUCUCUUGAAUUUUUCAUGGAAGCAUGGUCUAGAACUGCUCGGGGACUUCCAGUUAAGCUAACUCCGUUCUUUGACCGCACAGUUCUUCGCGCACAGGACCCUCCCUCUCCUGUAUUUCCACAUACUGAAUACCAACCACCUCCUUUUGACAAUCCUCCAUGACAUCCUUGGCUUACAAAUCAAAUCCUGACUCUGAUUCUGCAGUUGCCUG